AUGGAAGGUCCUCUGGGUUUGUUGGGUUCUGGUGGCGGUGGCGGUGGUGGAAUAGUGUCUUAUGGUGGCUCAGCUAAUGGGUCGAUGUCUACGGUGUCUAAAGAAGAGAACUUGGUCUUGUCCUGUGAGGUUUCUUCCUCAUACCCAGAUGAGUCUGAGCUUGAGUUGGGUCUUGGCUUGAGUCUUGGUGGUAUUGCGAAGUGCAAAACAGCUACAAGGGGUCAAUAUGCUAGGAUCUUGACGGCCAGAGAUUUUCCUUCUAUGGUCUCCAAGUCUUCACCACCAUCUUCAUCAUCGUCCUCAUCUGUGACCAAAGCUAAUGCUUCUUCAGCUGGUACCAAGAGAACCGCUGAUUCUUUUUCGCCUCCCCGUAAUGGUUCCAGUCAGGUUGUGGGGUGGCCGCCUAUAAGAGCUUAUCGAAUGAAUAGCUUGGUUAAUCAGGCAAAAUCACCAAAUUUUGAAGAAUUUAACUCAACAGCUGAUAAAAAUAAAUGUCAGAAUAUUGUGGUGGAGAAAACUAACAAUGUAAGCAACACAAACAAUGACGAUGCUGAAGGGAGGGGGCAUCCCAAGACUUCCCUGUUUGUGAAGGUGAAUAUGGAUGGAAUUCCGAUUGGAAGGAAGGUGGAUCUGAAUGCUCAUAGCUGCUACGAGACCUUAGCACAAACGUUGCAUGACAUGUUCUGUAAACCAACCACUUCUGUUGGGUCACGACGAUCAAACGUAGAGGAGCAUGACAUAAUGAAAGAAGCAACAGGCCCUGAAAAAUUUUGGAUGGAUCAUCUGAGUUUGUGCUUACUUAUGAAGACAAGGAUGGAGAUUGGAUGCUUGUUGGUGAUGUUCCUUGGGGGAUGUUUCUUUGCUCUGUGAAGCGGCUCAGAAUCAUGAGGACAUCUGAAGCUAAUGGAUUUGCUCCAAGACUUCAAGAAAGGAAGGGGAGACAAAGACUUCAAUCUUAAGCCCUUAUAGAAGAUGAAAACAUACCCUCAGUUGAAGCAUGAUAUACAAGACGAGAUACUGGAUGGUCAAAUCUUUUUGUUGAAGUAAUGAUAGGGGAGGCGCGGGAAAAGUUGAUAAUUGUAAGGUAACUCGAUGAUAUGCCCCGCAAUGUGAUGUGCACUACAUUCUUGAAUGAUUUUCUUUUUUCAAAUAAUAGAGGCAAGGGAAGCGUCAUUAUGAUUAUUAGUUGUCAAUUUUGCUAGAGUGGUGUUGGUAAAGAACCUUCCUUCUCUAUGGUUGGUUAUUAAUGAAUCUUUCUUGUCGUGUGGUACCCUAUAGAUGAGUAAUGGGAAGCUCGCCAUAAAAGCAAGGAAGCAAAAUGUAACGGAGGACAUUGAGAGUGCUAUUCUUAUU